CAGAUCUCUGCGCAGUUUAUCUCCCGGGCUUCCAAGUCAGCGCAGCCGUGCGUUGUUUGGGCUGCAGCUGUGCAAAUUCCCUUUUCGGAAAGCCUUCUCUGCCGAGGCGAGAAAGGCUGGCUCAAAGGGGAUCGAGGUACCCCAAGCCUCCUUGACUUGGUGCCAAAAUAAACCCAGCAAAGGCAGCUUACAGAAGAAGAACGGGGCUGCUGGUCAGAUCAAAGGGGACUCGCCCAGUCCAAGAUGCUGUUGUCACAAAUGGGAAACCUGAAUCGAGGACGUGAGUGCAGAGGCAACUCUCCCCAGUGCUCUCACUGGGUAAUAAUAAUAAUAAUACAGUGGUAACGCUUCAGGUUACAUACGCUUCAGGUUACAGACGCCACUAACCCAGAAAUAGUGCUUCAGGUUAAGAACUUUGCUUCAGGAUGAGAACAGAAAUCGGGCUCUGGCAGUGCAGCAGCAGCAGGAGGCCCCAUUAGCUAAAGUGAUGCUUCAGGUUAAGAACAGUUUCAGGUUGAGUACGGACCUCCGGAACGAAUUAAGUACUUAACCUGAGGUACCACUGUAAUAAUAAUAAAUUUUAUUUAUACCCCGCCCUCCCCGGCCAGAGCCGGGCUUAAGGCGGCUAACACCAGUAAAAAUUACAGUAAAAACAUAAUAAGGCGUAGGAACCAAUUUAAAAUACAGGUUAAAAUGCAGUUUAAAAUGAAGCCUCAUUUUAAAAGUAGCCCAUAGAUCAAGACCAUAAGGGGAGGGAAACAGAAGGGUCAGACUGAGUCCAAACCAAAGGCCAGGCGGAACAGCUCUGUCUUGCAGGCCCUGCGGAAAGUCCCGCAGGGCCCUGGUGUUGUGUGACAGAGUGUUCCACCAAGUUGGGGCCAGUACUGAAAAGGCCCUGGCCCUAGUUGAGACCAAUCUAACCAUCUUGCGACUUGGGACCUCCAAGGUGUUGUCAUUUGUGGACCUUAAGGUCCUCCGCGGGGCAUACCAGGAGAGGCGGUCCCGUAGGUACGUGGGUCCUAGGCUGCAGAGGGCUAUGAUGAUGCCUCUUCCUUUUCUGGAUGGAGACUAGAAAGGACCCCGACUCAACUGCCACUGUUAACAUGUGCCAUGUGAUACCUGUUCCACAUCCAGAAGAAAUCAAGUGUAGUGACAAGGACACUUUGGAACUCCCCGCCUAGUGACACCAGGCUGCUUCCUCCCCUUUACUCUUUUCAGCACCCGCUAAAAACAUCCCCCCCCCUACAAGCCUACCCAGACACAUGGAACGUUGAUGCAUGCCUUAAUUCUGUUUUUAAUUUAUUGCCAGUUUUGGUUUUUGAAUGUUUUAAGGAGUUAUCUUUACUGAUAAUUUUCUUGUUCUGUUCUCAUUGCAAACCGUUUUGAGGUUUGUUUGUUUACAAUCAAGCAGUGUAUAGGUUUUAUGAAACAAAUGAAUAAAUUGUCUGCACCCUUGCCACCCCGGACAUAUCGGGGUAGAAUUUAUAAAUGAAAUUGUUAAACUACGGAACUCCCUCCCACAGGAGACAAUGUUGGCCCCCAACUUGGAUGGCUUUAAAAGAGGAUUGGAUGAAUCCAUGGAGAUGAGGGCUGUCCAGGGAGGGAGCUAGCCAUCCACUGCCCACAUGGCAAGCGUGGGGGGGCGCUGCUAGCCACCCACAUGGGGAGCAUCCCUAGCCGCCUGCAACCCACACGGCGAGUGUCAUGGGGGCCACUAUUAGCUGCCUGUGGCAGCAUUGUCCCUAGCGGCCCACCGCCCGCUCAGCAAGCAGGGGGUGUGUGUGGCAUGGCGAUGUCACCCACCCUCACGGCUGAUACCCAGUGCCCACCUUCCUCCGCCGGUGGGCCUGUCAAUGACUACUAGGCAAGAUGGUUCUGCUCUGCCUCCACAAGAGGCAGCAAUGGUAAUCUUGCCCAGAAUGGAAUGCCAUAAAAGGUCUCCCACCUCUCUGAUCUAGUAUAUUUGGAAAUAUUUUAUUUUUUUUAAAAAAAUAAUAUUUAUUACUUUUCCAACAAUUUAAACACUACAAAAAAAGAGAACAAUACAAUACAAUACAAAAACACUACAUAACACUAACACAUUAAACUAACAAAACAAAACAAAAACCGUUUAAAACACAUCAAACAAUUUCAAUAUCUUAUCUUUCAUUCACUUAUUUCCUUGACCUCCUCACACCUCCCUUUUUGUAUUCCACUUCUAUUAAUUGUUUCAGCAAUUCCUUUCCAUCUUCCUCUGUUUUCUAUCCUAUAAUUAUCUUAACACAUUCUAACCUUAUUUUUUCCUUUAAUACUCUAUUAAUCUAUUUAUACUUAAUUCCUUAUAACAUUUCUACUAAAGCCAUAUAACUUCAUUCCAACAUUUUCUAACAUUCGUUAAUUUUACAAUAUUUCUGUAAAUAGUCUUUAAACUUUUUCCAAUCUUCUUCCACCGACUCUUCUCCCUGGUCUCGGAUUCUGCCAGUCAUUUCCGCCAGUUCCAUAUAGUCCAUCAACUUCAUCUGCCAUUCUUCCCGGGUGGGUAAAUCUUGUGUCUUCCAAUACUUCGCGAUAAGUAUUCUUGCUGCUGUUGUUGCAUACAUAAAAAAAAGUUCUAUCCUUCUUUGGCACCAUUUGGCCGACCAUGCCCAGGAGAAAGGCCUCUGGUUUCUUCAGGAAAGUAUAUUUGAAUAUCUUUUUUAUUUCAUUAUAAAUCAUCUCCCAGAAUGUCUUAAUCCUUGGGCAUGUCCACCAAAGGUGAAAGAAUGUACCUUCAGUCUCAUUACAUUUCCAACAUUUAUUGUCGGGCAAAUGGUAAAUUUUUGCAAGCUUGACUGGUGUCAUGUACCACCUAUAAAUCAUUUUCAUUAAAUUUUCUCUUAGGGCAUUACAUGCCAUGAAUUUCAUACCUGUGGUCCAUAACUGUUCCCAGUCAGCCAUCAUUAUGUUAUGUCCAACAUCUUGUGCCCAUUUAAUCAUAGCUGAUUUCACCAUUUCAUCCUGAGUAUUCCAUUUCAACAGCAAGUUAUACAUUCUUGACAAAUUCUUGAUUUUUGGUAGUAUAUUUAGAAAUAAAUAAAUCAUGAAAAGAAAAGUUCUGCUAAGUUUCCAGAGGUCUCUUCUCCAAAGGCAGUCAAAACCUGGCAAGUAUUCUCCCUAUAAAACUUCACUCCUCAUGGAAGUGGGGAGCAUGCAAAGAUAUAUUUUGUUGUUGUUGUUGAGUCAUUUAGUGAUGUCCGACUCUUUGUGACCCCCUGGACCAGAUCAAGCCAGGCCCUCCUGUCUUCCACUGCCUCCUGCAGUUUGGUCAAACUCAUUCUAGUAGCUUCGAGAACACUGUCCAACCAUCUUGUUCUCUGUCGUCCCCUUCUCCUUGUGCCCUCCAUCUUUCCCAACAUCAGGGUCUUUUCCAGGGCGUCUUCUCUUCUCAUGAGGUGGCCAAAGUCUUGGAGCCUCAGCUUCAGGAUCUGUCCUUCCAGUGAGCACUCAGGGCUGAUUUCCUUCUGAAUGGAGAGGUUGGAUCUUCUUGCAGUCCAUGGGACUCUCAAGAGUCUCCUCCAGCACCAUGAUUCAAAAGCAUCCAUUCUUCAGCGAUGAGCCUUCUUUAUGGUCCAGCUCUCACUUCCAUACAUCACUACUGGGGAAACCAGAGCUUUAACUCAAAGAUAUAUCCAUAGGGGCAAAUCAUGCAAGACAGGGAUAACCAGGUGCACAACCAUAAGGUGGGGACACCUGACUUAAGGCAGUACACGACGUGAAAAGGAUCUAGGGGUGCCAGUGGACUGCAAACUGAACAUGAGCCAAAAGAGAGCAGUAAUAAUAAUAAUAAUAAUAAUAAUAAUAAUAAUAAUAGACCCUUGGGUUCACUUCCAACCCUACUUUGCCAAUUCCAUGCAGAAUCACAAAAUCCUGGCUUUAAAAUGCAGCAUCGUAGUCACCCUGAAGCUGCGGUCAAAGGCAGGAAAAGGUGAGAAGGUUAUUUUCCAGUCUUUGCUUGCAAGUGGGAGAGCUGCAGCCUCAUGUUAGCAGCCCAGCAUUUGAUGGUAUUUGGAUUUUCCCCUCCAUUGCUUUGGCACGUGCGUGUGGGGGUUUUUUGUGUGUGUGUGUGACACGCAUUUGCAUCCUGGCAUUGAGCCUGACCUGAAACCAAAGGCCUUUCUGGGCUGAUAAUGCGAUACAUGUAAUGAGGCGAGGGACACUGAGCGGUCGUUGCACUUCCGGGCAUCAAGGGCAGCAGGAGGCGAUGCCAGCUGGUCCACGAGUGGAGAGGGUUCAUUUGGGAGAUAAACAACUGCAAAGGAGUCACACAGCUCCUUGCAUGAAGAAGACGCCCCUUCAAUUCUCCAUGGAGGUACAAACUUAAUAAUAGCAAACUUAAUAAUAUUAAUAAUUCCAUUACAGUGGUACCUUGGUUCUCAAACGUAAUCCGUUCCGGAAGUCCGUUCCAAAACCAAAGCGUUCCAAAACCAAGGCGCGCUUUCCCAUAGAAAGCAAUGCAAAACAGAUCAAUCCGUCCUGGACUUUUAAAAACAACCCCUGAAACAGCAAGUGAACAUGAAUUUUGCUGUCUAACGAGACCACUGAUCCAUAAAAUGAAAGCAAUGAACAAUGUACUGCAGUCACACAAUCAAUCAAUCAAUCAAUCAGUAGCUGAACCAGGUUCCACACAGUCACAAAAAAAGAGCCGCAACAACAAAAAUGCAGAAUAAAUAGGCACUCAAAAUGGAAGCGUAACACUCAAAACGGAGCACGUUUGGAUUCUGAAAUAAGUCCGCAAACCAGAACACUUAUUUCCGGGUUUGCAGUGCUUGGGUUCCACGUUGUUUGAGUACCAAGGCAUUUGAGAACCAAAGCACCACUGUAUUUAUACCCCACCCAUCAGGCGGGGUUGCCCCAGCCACCCUGGGCAGCUAAAACCCCUUUAAUUGUUAUUCCUGCUUCUCUCAAGACUGCAGUUGCGUCUGUGAAGGAGAAGAGGCACCCCUCAUUGAAUUCUCAACCGUUUCACCAACCUGCUGGCCCCUGAUUCCUUGUGAGAGGCUGUGAUCCUCUCUGCAUGGUAUUUUGUGUUUGUGUCUAUAUCCCACCUUUGGGUGGCAUACAUGGUCCCCACCCCUCCUCAUUUAGUCCCAACAACAGGCCUGCCAGGUAGGCUAGACUGAGAAGCAGGCAGUAACUGGCGUCCAAGGUGACCCAGUGAGCUUCAUGGCUAAGUGGGGAUUCAAACCCUGGUCUCCCUGGUCCUAGGUUGACACUCUAACCACUACAGCACGCUGUCUCAUGGAAUGAGGCGAUGGAAUCCUGGGCUGAACUCCUUGAAGAUGCUGGUGAAGAUGGGUGGGGGAGUUGUUUUGAAUGCCCCACCUACAUUAUAGUAGUUCCCUGCAUGUAAUAAACUAGCAAGUCAGCAUUUCCCAUUGACAUGAAAUAGGAGGAGGAAACAGUUGGCAAAAAUGAGAUUUCAGGAGCACAGCUCUUAAGCUAAGGAUACCAGACUUUUUUCAAAGAAUCCGGGGACACUUUAAAAAAAAAGGGGGGGGGAGUUAUUUUAAAAAAUAAUUUUAUUUUUUUAAAAAAGAAGUAAUCUCUUCUGUGGUCUCCUCUGUUGGGCAGCCUUCCUCUGGGCCCUGGCCUGCUCUCUUGGACCAUUAGCCACAGAGGAGUAGACUUGGGCUUGGCCAUGUGUCCUUGUCCUCCCAGUGCUCUCCUACCUCUCCUCCUCAGCGGUGGCAGUGGCGGCACGGCAAGGUCGGGGCUCCCCUCUUUUUUCUCCUUCCUCUUUCUCUUCCUUCUCCUUCUCCUUCUCCUUCUCCUUCUCCUUCUCCUCUCCUCCUUCUCCCUGCGUUCGCUCAGGGGUUUUCCUGGCCCCAGAACGCCACUGGGAAGUCAGCCGAGUGGCUGGGCGCUCUUGUUCCCGGCUCAAUUUGGGUCACAGAGUGAGUGUGUCAGCGGUUCCCCCAGUUGACGCGCUGGGCACCCCCAGUUCUCCCUUGGCAGUGGCAGUGGCGGCAGCAGUCUCAGCAGCCUGGAGCCAGCCUGGUAGCGCAGUUGGCUCUGGCUGGCUUCAGGAGCUGCUCACUGCCAUGGUACCCACCAUUUUGCCUCGCCGAAAGUCCCCAUAUGAUGUGUCUUGUGCCGUUGAACCGAUCACGCAACAUUCAUUCCCUGCUAAUAAAUCUACAACACUUAAAAUAUAAAUCCGGGGACAUUAAAUGAGAUCCGGGGACAUUCCGGGGACAGAUUUGUAAAUCCGGGGACUGUCCCCGGGAAACGGGGAUGUCUGGUAACCAUAUCUUAAGCACGAUGGUGGAAGGAGGGACAGGCAUGGAGCAAGAAAAGGCAGGAAGUGUCUGAGAGGGCAAGAAUGGAAGAAUAUGAAUAUAAGAAGCCGCAGAAGGAAGAUGGCCUUCACUGCCUUCUGUGGGAAUGGGUUCCACAGUUUAAAGGACUUUCCUUUAUUGGGGUCCUGAAUCUUCCAGCCUUCACCUUCACGGGAUGCCCCCAAGUUCCAGUGCGACCAGCCUCCCUUGCCCUUUCUCAUUGCACUCUUGGCUCGAGGUUUAAAACGCAAUAACCCUGGUUUGGCCGCUGUAGCUCUCAGCGAGGAACCAGGAGGAAUGGAAUUAAGGUCUCGGUUCAUUAAGUGAACAUGGAACACAAAGCAGCAGUUUAACUGGAGGCAGUAAUCGUCAGCUCAUUGUCAUUAGCUGGCUAAGCAGAAAGAGGAAGGGCAAUGGGAGGCACAGAGCAGAACUUUGCUGCAGCCUCAUGGACUAGAGAGACUAGAGGAGCCUCAGAAUCAUAGAAUUGUGGACUUGGGAGGGACCCUGAGGGUCAUCUAGCCCAACCCCGGCAAUGCAGGAAUUUGCAGCUGUCUCAUAUGGGGCUCAAACAUCCUGUGUAGGGCAGAAUUCAGCAUACAGUCAUACCUUUGUUGUCGAACGCCCUGGAACUUGGAGGUUUUGGCUCCUGAAUGUCACAAACCCGGAAGUGACUGUUCUGGUUUGCGAACUAUUUUUGGGGAACCAAACGUCCAACAGGGCUUCCACAGCUUCUGAACAUUUUGGAAGUCAAACGGACUUCCGGAACGGAUUCCGUUUGACUUCCAAGGUACGACUGUAUAUUGGGAACAAUUUGGUCUCCUAGAACAGCAGCACUGGGUUCAACAUAGGGAUGGGCAAAUCUAUGGAAGAAGCUUUGUAAGUUCUUUUAGAUCAGCGGUGGGGACAUUGAGUGGGGACCCCUAACGUUCUGCCCGGACACCGAGGUCCAGCUCCGAGGGCCUUCUGGCAGUUCCCUCAUUGCGAGAAGUGAGGUUACAGGGAACCAGGCAGAGGGCCUUCUCGGUGGUGGCACCCACCCUGUGGAACACCCUCCCUUCAGAUGUGAAAGAAAUAAACAGCUAUCGUAUCUUUAAAAGACAUCUGAAGGCAGCCCUGUUUAGGGAAGUUUUUAAUAUUUAACGCUGUACUGUUUUUAACACUUGAUUGGGAGCCGCUCAGAGUGGCUGGGGAAACUCAGCCAGAUGGGCGGGGUAUAAAUAAUAAAUUAUUAUUAUUAUUAUUAUUAUUAUUAUUAUUAUGCAACUGGAACCCCAGUUUAUACUACAUUCCUGCUAAACAGGGUGAGGAUCUGCCUAACUAAAACAGUGAUUGGUACUCGAGUUUUUUGAUCCAAAGCCUACUGGUCGAAUACAAAUGUGGAAGGGUCAACAUUAAUGUGACAUAAAAUUUGGGCAAACAAAGCACCAAUUUCAAUAAGUGGAGAUACGUUUUCUUUUCUUUUCACGGUCUGCAUCUGUAUUGGGUUCGAGAUUGUUUUUAUGCAUGAAAUUGUUACUGUGCAUGUGCUUAUGGUUGACAUUAUUUUGUUAAAUACCAAUGAGAGGUUUCACAGGAUGCUAAGGCCCAUCCUGUGACAAGUGAGGUUGGGGGGUCAUGAUGCCGGGGUGUGGGGUAUGGGGGCAGCCAGGAGGCAGAGCCUGGGAAGGUGAGAAAUGCCAUCGCCACAAAGGUCAAAGGCAAUAGGAAGAAGAGGAGCAGGAAGAAGAUAGCAUCUCCAUGCCUUUUCUUAUCCUGCUCUGGGGACUUUUAGAUAAAGCCACUUCUGCCCUUCAAAGGAGGUGGAGUUGCGGUCUUCAUGGCCCCACCACGUGUGCAGCAGCUGGGGGGAUUCCCGGCCACGUCAUCCCCUGGCCAGCCAACCAGAUGGCUCUGGGGGCGUGGCCUGCCCUACUUAAGGCAGGACGCGGCUGGGGAUCGCCCUCUUUCCCCGCCUGCCAGCUGUUCCUGUUUCCCACCCUCCCGCCCUAUAGGGUUUUCAUUCCUUGACCUUGCUAUGGACCUUGCUUGGUCGCCGUUGAGGGGCCUGGUAGGAAUUUUUCCACUUGGCAAAUUGGCACCAGCCACUUGGUUUUCGCCCACCUCGUAGCAAAUCAUCACAACUUUCUUGGUAUUGGCGGCUGGGCAUUGGUAUUGCUCUGUAGAUGGAAGAGGGGAGGAAGCGCCAUCACCUGCCCCACAUAUUGAAGGGUAGUCAGGUAAAGGAUUCCAGGGGGCGUGGCCCUGUCCAAAGCCUGGGGAGGUGAGGGCCUAAGGCACGCCCCCUAUCGGUGACCCCGGGGGAGUUCCUAGUUGAUGUGCAUCAGCCGGACUCCCCCUACUGGAGAUUGACCCUUUCCGGACUUCAAUCGGACAGGCUGAAGAUGGAUAUAGUCGGUUAGGACCAAUGCCUAAGCCAAUACCGCUCAUCACCUGUAACCAAUAAAGUUGUGGCCUUAUUUAGCCCAUUAACCUUAAUAAUUGUGUCAUGUGCCAUUAUUUCCACGGGGAGGGGGACUGGUCAUGCAACGCCACUCAGCACAAAAUAAAUUGAAGAUACAGCUCUCCCUCUCCCUCUCUUCAGCAACAGGUCACAAUCCACAGAGUACCAAACUGACCAGCCGCUGCUUGGAGUGGGGGAAGGAAGAACAGCCACCUCCUCAAACAUCACUUUUAAGUUCCAAAGAGAUGGCUGAAUGGCCCGCAAAGGCAAGGCGGAGUCCUGUGGCCCCUUAAAGGCUAAUGCGUUUAUCUUAUCAGACGCCAUCGAUCGUGGGCACAGCGCAAAGAGGAGAGUGGAGGGCCUUUUUUCACAAAGUGCAGCCGAAAGGUCAGAGCAAGCGAGGGAUUACAUUGCAGAGCAUCGAGGGAAUCAAGGUCGUGCCACAUAUAUAUAUGAUCUUAUCUGAGGGAGUGUGACCUAACUGGCAAAACAAGAUGCAUAUAGAAUACGAAAACAGCUCACAGGGGACAAUGACUUUCCGUAGCAAAGCAGCCCAAGCCCAGCUUCAGCCUCAGCCUGACGCUGCUGUAUUUGAGAAAUGAACUGCAACUCAGCAGAUUCGCCCGGCAGCCUCCUCCCCAAAGCCGGUUGUUUGUUUGUUUUGGAUCGAGCCUGUUACUAUCAAGGACAGCCGUGAUGCAAACCAUUUAAGCUGCAUCCCAAGCGCUCGUUUUCUCUUCCCUCCUGCACGCAUGGGCAAUUUAGUUUUCGUUUGGUUCUGUGUUAUGUAAUUUUGCAGUUUUAUAUUGGAAACUGCCCUCUGGUCCUCGGAUGAAGGGUGGGAUAGAAAGAAGAAGAAGAGGAGGAGGAGGAGGAGGAGGAAGAGGAAGAAAUGGGAAUAAUAGCACUGGCCAAGCUUACUGGGUUGUUGUAAAGACUGGGGAUGGAUGAAUCUUUUCGCUUCCGCUGGAGGCAGUGAUAGCUACUCUUAUGUCCCUCACUUUCUCCUGUUUCCCGAAUCUUAAAUUCCAUUCACCAUAUUGAUAUAUCAGCUUGUGAAUUUUCUUCAAAAUCCUCAUGAAAAUUCAGCAGCAUUUCUCCUAAUAGUCACAUUUAGCUGUGCAAUUUUGCCUGACGUACACCUUUUCUUUGAGGCAAGCUAUUCCCCACCCUGCCACCCCACUAACAUAAUGGAUUUCUGUAAUUCAUUUUCACUAAUAUGUGUGUUUUAAUGCACACUUUAUGGCUGUUUUUCAGUUUGCACCUGACUUUUGGGAAGCACAAAUUGCCCAGGUUUGCAUUAAGAUGCAAACUGUACCAACUUUCUCCUGCAUACCUAGGAAGGAUUACUAAGUUAUCUUUGUGAAGUGCUUUGACCAUUCAAAAAGAAGGUGGAUUGAGAGAGAGAGAGAGAAACUCUUGUUUGAUUUGAAAACUUGAAAAACAGGCAAACAUAAUUUUCUCCUGUUCUGUGCCUGUAUUGGUGUUCUACUCUCUGCAAAUUGAUUUCCUUAUGCCUUCAAACUGGAACUGCCCCUAUUUCUAAAUCCUCCCGUUGCUCCCCUUUCGGCAGUUUGCAAAAGAUGUGCCACUUUGCAAAAUAUUGCCUUUCCUUGCUUUAUCCUACAUAUCACAUACCUGCUUUCAUUUAAGAAGGCUUACCCUGAAGUGUGUGAUGGAAGAUUAAUUGAACAAAUCUCAGAAAUGGCUUUUUGCAGAGCAGCUGCCAGUCCGUGUGGAUGAUGCUGAGUUAGAUGGAUCAAGGGGACAGGGGGCGGGCAGGUGAGGAGGACUCCCAGGUCCUGAACAGGGUAACUGUGUCCCUGAAGGACAGGUGAGCAGCCUGGGAGUCAUUUUAGACUCACAGCUGUCCAUGGAGGUGCAGGUCAAUUCUGUGUCCAGGGCAGCUGUCUACCAGCUCCAUCUGGUACGCAGGCUGAGACCCUACCUGCCUGCAGACUGUCCUGGCAGAGUGGUGCAUGCUCUGGUUAUCUCCUGCUUGGACUACUGCAAUGCGCUCUAUACGGGGAUACCUUUGAAGGUGACCCGAUGGGGGUAUGUGUUUCUCUUUCUCUCAAAUCUACCUGAAGAUGAACCUCAGACCUUCUGCAUACAAGGCCACUGAGCUACGGCCUUUCCCCAAAUGGAUGCAAAAUGCUCCAACCUCCCCAUCUUAAGAAGGCAAAGCGCACCAUUUUGCCCAGACUUAAGUCUUCCAAGCAGCCCCACGCAGUGCAUGUUGACAGUUUCUAGCCUCAAAGGUAUAAAGGUGUAAAUUACAGUUGUGCUGGGAGAAACAGCCAUAAGAGACUUGUCUGGGGAGCCAUGUUUCUUUGUGUUUCUUACAUUCUAGCCUUCUGUCUAUGGAAUGGCACAGCGAAAUCCGUGUUUACUAUUAGUACUAGAUCAAUAAAUUAUUCUCCGAUUUCCACCUCUUCUGUCUGAAUGAGAUCGCUGCUUGCAAAAUUAAAAGGACGUGUUACUGCUGCUUUCCUCUAAUUGCAGGGCAUUUAGUAGUACCUUGCAAUAAAUCGCUUUUCAUCUAAGACAUAUUCUCCUCUAUCCAGUAACAAAUAUAAAUAAAAGUUGGUUCUAUUAAUCAAGCCACCCAGAGUGGUUGGGGGCAACCCAGUCAGAUGGGCAGCAUAUAAAUAAUAAAAUUAUUAUUAUUAUUAUUAAAAAAAAAAAAAGAAAGAAAGAAAUGGCUUUUUGCAUGUUUUGUGUUUUAUCUUGUUUUUAGAAUCUGUAUUUAUUCUUCCUUUUUUUUGUUACAGCUUGUAUCUUUGGCAGUUUAUCUAAUUUUUCCUCACACUGCUUUAAUAACCUCUGGUUAUUAAAGCUGGUUAGGAACAGAAGAACAGAAGAACAGACCAAGUACCCUUAUUUUCCAGGGACAUUCCCGGAUUUAAGGAAGCCGUCCUAGUUUCCAAUUUGAUCCUGGAAUGUCACCAUUUUCUUUUCUUUUUUCUUUCUUUCUUAUUUAUUGAUUCCAAAAAGAAAACAAUCAACAAAAACACUUUAACACAUUACAAAAAGAUAUAAUCGUUUCAUAAUACAUAUCUUCUAUGGCGACUUCCCAUCACCCCAGCAUGAUUCCUUAGUGCUUCUUGGUUUUUCGCACUUAUCUUUAUCACUAAUAAUACAUCUUAGUUCUCUUAGGUUUCUACGGUUUCCUACUUUCCUACAGAAGUCACUCCAGGCCUGCCAACGAGUUCAGGUUUUCGCAGUGCUCCCUGAGAUACUUUCUAUACAUGUCCUAUUCCUUCAUAAAUGUUUGUUCAGUCAGGUCCCUUGAUUUUCCCAUCAUUUUUGCUAGUUCUGCAAACUCUAACAGUUUUGAUUGCCACUCCAGUUUAGUCAGUAUUACAUCUCCUUUAGAGUUUCUAGCUAUUAGAAUUCUUGCUGCCAUGGUGACAUAGAGAAAUACCUUCCUCCCCUUUUUUGGUAUAUCCGUGUCUAUUUAAGGGCAAGCGGGAAUUGUAGAACUGAAUAUUCCUGCAUUGCAGGGGGUUCGACUAGAUGACCCCAGGGUCCCUUCCAGCCCUAUUAUAUUCUAUUAUUCUAUUAUUUAAAAAGUUCUUCAAGAGCAGCCCCUCUGAGUGUCCCUGAUACAGUCAUACCUCAGGUUACAGAUGUUUCAGGUUGCGCAUUUUUGGGUUACGGUCUCUCCGAAACCUGGAAGUACCUGAACAGGUUACUUCCAGGUUUCAGUGCUCGUGCAUGCGCAGAACCGCUAAAUCAUGCUUUGUGCAUUUGCAGAAGCAUCGAAUCACAACCCACAUGUGCGCAGGCGCGGCGCUACGGGUUGCGAACGCUGCAGGUUGCGAACAUGCUUCCUGCACGGAUCACGUUCGCAACCUGAGCGUCUACUGUAUAUGAUUUGAUUCCAGAAUGUCCCGCUUUUCCUCAGGGUCUGGAGUUAUGUGACCCCUGAGCCAAGGAGAUAAGCAACUAUACAACCUUAGAAGACAGUGGAAGGCAGACCUGUAUAGGGAGGUUGUUUAAUGUUCAGUGUUUUAUUAUGCUUUCAUAUAGGUUGGAAGCCACACAGAGUGGCUGGGGAUACCCAGUCAGAUGGGUGAGGGAUAAAUAUAACAACAACAACAUAGGACAUCCCUAUUUUCAUUGGAGAAAUGUUGGCAGGUAUGCAAGAACAGCUUCCAGGAUCACGCCAAUUGCCCAUCUACUUCAGCAUCCACAGAGGCCAACCACAUACCUGUGGAAAACCACCUCCUCCUCCUAUUUUUGGUGCAUAAAGGAUGGCAGUUCGUCUUCCCCCUGUGCCUCCACACCUGAAAGAAUUUUAAUCCCAAAUUCAUUAAAAAUAACGGCGGUGAUGCAGUUUACCCAUUUGCAAAGGGGUGCUGUCCUGUCUGCCGGCGUGCACUGUCUGAUUUUUUUUUUAAGGAAAGGACUUUUAAGAGUGCUGUGCUGUUUUUUCCAUUUGCAUUUUAAUAUAUUUCUUUUUAUAUAUAUUGUUUUAAUUCAAUUAGAAUUUAAUUACUUUUUAGUGUUUAUAUCAUAGACUCAGGGAUUUUUUUUAAUCUUUGAAGUUUUAUUCUCUUUUAAAUGUUCUGUUGAAAGCCGCCCAGAGUGGCUGGGAAACCCAGCCAGAUAGGCAGGGUAGAAAUAAUUUGUUGUUGUUGUUAAAGAUCUAGAAGGGACCAUGAGCAUCAUCUAGUCCAGGGGUGGCCAACUCCCAACAGACUGUGAUCAACUCACAGAGUUACAAACUGGCUGUGAUCUACCCCCUUUCGGGGGGUUCGGGUCAAAGUUGUUCAGUUUUUUCAGGGAGGAGGUAAAAUGUUGAGCUUUUUUUAGGGGAGCCACAGUUGUUCAGCUUCUUGGGGGGUGGGGUGGAAUGAUCUACCAGUGAUCCACCGCAGAUGUCCAAUCUACCUGUUGGACAUGCCUGAUUCUAGUCCAAAGAUUCUGCAAUGCAGGAAUCUCUUUGCCCAUCGUGGGGCUUGAACCCCCCUCCCCCUGAGAUUGUUUUUAGUUUCUUCUAUUUUAUCUGUGCUGUUUUAAUUUGUGUAAGCUGCCUUGAGUCUAUUAAUAUUACAAUAAUAGUGAAUGUGAAUUGAAGCAGGGGAUCAUGGGAAACAGAGUUUCUGCCGUGAGCACGAAGAAACAGAGAGAAAAAUGGUGCCAAUAUCAUUUCAUUGGCUGCUCCAAAUUUGUGGGAAACCAGGCAAGAUUGCCAUUGCAGGUGUUCGUGUUGGAGCAAUACCUCAACCAUGAUGGGACCUGAUUAAAGGCCUCCCCGUGAAGCCAUCGUUAGGUAACAGCACCUCAGGUCACCUGCGGUCAGAGAAGGAUAUUUGCGAGAUAGUAAAUAUUUGAGGUCCACACUCUUUGUGGCCAACAAGCCUGGCAUGGAAGUAGGAGAGGCCUUGACAUUUGCAAGGGGAAAUGCAAAUCUGGGACAUCUUUGGUUGUGUUUUGCAUAGCGAAUGUCAGCCCAGCGCAAAUCCCCAGCUGCCUUGGUUAGGAAUUUCAGUGAACCCGAACCGCUAUUCAAACCAUGCCAGGGAGCCUGAUACAGAGAGACAGGCAGAGAGGAACAGCCUCUGUUCCUUUCAUUUAAGACACCCCAGUGGAAAACAGGAGGGAUGCAGCCAAAGAAAUUCCAUGGAGAAUGGAGAGCCACCUCACCAACCCCACCAGCUGCCCUGUCAGCUGUUUUAAGGCAAGAUCCUUCGCUGGCACCUCUGGGAAUCUGGAGUCUCCAAUGGGCAGCCAGCUGCUAACCCCUGAUACAAAUCCGUUCGUGAGUCAUCCACUCUGCCUUUGAUCUGCUUCCAUGCCACGGCCAUAUUUCUUGGUCCUUGGCUAUGCCAGGACCACAAACACGAUGGUUACCAUGGCCAAGACAGCAGCCUCUGCCCAUCUCUAGACAAGAUUUCUAAUGCAAUUCUGGGCUGCGUCAACAGAAGAUACAGUGUCCAGAUCAAUGAUGUAAUGGUCCCAACCAGCGCUUAAAGAAAUUAAAAAAUGUUUAGGGGUACUCUCAUUUUCCUACUCAUAUUGAAAUACUGCCCCUCAUUGAGGCCAAACUUAGAUUCACAAAAUGUUUAGGGUAUGUGUACCCCUGCGUACCCCCAGGGGGAAAAAGGACUCAUCCUGACUCCUAGUCUGUUAUGCCUUGGUCAGACCCCACCUGGAGUCCUGUGUCCAGUUCUGGACACCACAAUUUAAGAAGGAUGUUGACAAGUUGGAAUGUGUUCAGAGGAGGGUGACCAAGAUGAUAAUAAUAAUAAUAAUAAUAAUUAUUAUUAUUAUUAUUAUUAUUAUUAUUAUUAUUAUUAUUUAUAUCCCGCCCUCCCCAGCCAAAGCCGGGCUCAGAGCAGCUAACAACAGUAAAAGUAACGCAGUUUACAUAAAAUCACAAUCAAUUAAUUGAAAUACAUUCUAAAAUCAGUGCAUUCUAAAAUCAAUUCAGAAUCAAAUUAAUGGCAACCAUUGGGCUAGAGUUCUGUGAGGAUUACAGAAGGAGAGAGGGGGUCAGACUCUGCCUUGGCCAAAGACCUGGUGGAACAGCUCUGUCUUGCAGGCCCUGCGGAAAGAUGUCAAGUCCCGCAGGGCCCUAGUCUCUUGUGACAGAGCGUUCCACCAGAUCGGGGCCAUGGCCGAAAAAGCCGUGGCUCUGGUUGAGGCCAGCCUAACCUCCCUGUGGCCUGGGAUCCCCAAGAUGUUUUUGUUUGAAGACCGUAAGGUCCUCCGUGGGACAUACCAGGAGAGGCGGUCCCAUAGGUACGAGGGUCCUAGGCCAUAUAGGGCUUUAAAGGUUAAAACCAGCACCUUAAACCUGAUCCUGUACUCCACUGGGAGCCAGUGCAGCUGGUAUAGCUGAUGAAGGGUCUGGAAGCCAAGCCUGAUGAGGAACAGUUGAAGGAGCUGGAAUGUUUAGCCUGGAAAAGAAGAGACUGAGAGGAGAUAUGAGAGCCAUCUUCCAAUAUCUCAAGAGAUGUCACAUGGAAGUUGGAACAAGCUUGUUUUCUCCUGCUCUGGAGGGUAGGACUCGAACCCAUGGUCUUCAAAUGACAAGAAAGGCAAUUCCAACAAAACAUCAGGGGAAAUUUUCUGAAAGUAAGAGCUGUUCAACCGUGGAACGGUCUCCCUCGGGAAGACUCUCCUUCCUUUGAGGUUUCUAAGCAGAGGUUGGAUGGCCAUCUGUCCUGGAUGUUUUAGUUGAGAUUUCUGCAUUGCAGAGGGUUGGACUAGAUGACCCUUGGGGUCCCUUCCAACUCUGCAAUUCAAAACAAUGGAUUCAAAUGAGAAGAAAGGAUAUUCCAGCUAAAUCCCCACUCCUGCCACUCACCACCUGGCCCAGGGCGGGGCCUGAUGGGCUCUAUAAAGGACUUCUGCUGCCGCUGCUGCUGGACAGAGAGGGCUCCGUUUUGUGUUUUGUUUAAAUUGCUGUUAUUUUUUACCUAUGUCAUUUUAAACUGUGAUAUUAAUGCUGCAUUCUUAGUUUUAGAUUUUGAUUUAUGUGGAAAUUGUUUCCCAUUUGGUUGUGUAUUUUUUGAUGUGGUUUAUUUAUUGUUUUGUAAUUAUGUACAUUUUGUUAUGCUCUAAGCCGCCUUGAGCAUUGUUUUUUUAACUGUGGAAAGGUGGCAUACAAAUAAAAAACGAUGAUGAUGAUGAUGAUGAUGAUGAUGAUUAAACAUUAGUUGGGACUUUCUGAUGGUAAGAACAAUAAUGGAAUGUGCGACCUUGAAAGCUGGUGGGCUCUGCUUCAUUCAAGUUUUCAAAGCAGAGGCUGGAUCUGUCAUGGAUGCUUUAGUUGAGAUUCUUGUGUUGCACUGGGUUAGACUAGAUGAUCCUUGAGGUCUCCUCCAACUCUACAGUCCUAUGAGAAUGCUGACUGGAGGAGAGCUCCGGAAGUUCACCAAACCGUUUGCAGUUAUGACCCAGGAUCCCCUCCCAGCCUCCCACUUUAUCACCUCCAUCUCCCUUUCCUUUACACCCUCCAGGGAAAGGAGGAAACCAGUUCAACUUAGCAUGACGAGAGGACAAAUGGUUAUUUCUUGGGGUGCCAGAGUUUUGAGGAUGCAGGACACUCGUAAUUCUUGGGUUUAGUAAAAGUUCAAAUUCAUUGAGGUUUGAUUGAACUGUGCCAAAGGCUGCUAGGAUUUCAGGGUGAAUACUGUAAGCGAAGAGGGAAACAGUGUUCAUCUUGCAAGUGCUUUGGGGAGCAGGAUGGAGGGAGGAGCAGGAUCUGGGCUGGCUGGGGCAGCCUGUUUUAUGCCGCAGAGAAGAUCAGACAUGAUGUUUGACAUUUCUCAGAAUCUGACGCUGCAGCGAUGGGAAGAACACGACGUUCCUGAGAUGCGAAUGCUCUGCACUUUCUCCAAUUAAUGCAGGUUGUAAAUAUGUGCAAAUAAACCAUAUAUCUUAAAGACACUACAGACUCCACUGUGCCUCAGAGGCUCAAAGGAAAUACAAGCCCUGGUAAGCGUACCAGGACCCUGGAAUCUUGCAAUGCUCAGAGAUUUGGGUGGGACACUAUGAUUCAUCUCCUGCCUGCCUAUGCAAGGAAAAAAUAUUGGUGACGUUCUCCCUGCUUGCUUUUGCAGGACCAAAAUAAGAAGAACAAGAACAGUCGGGUUUUGGCAAUCUCUUCGUUGUGCAGAGACAGAAGAGCAGUUUGCUUCCUCUUGCCGUGAGUGUAAUGACAGCUUCUCCUGGUGAUCAGAUCAGACCUUGCGUUAUCCCAUUGACCUUCUUAAUCGCACUGUGCUCCUUGGCAAAGACGUGAGACGACAUUUGUGUGAGCUGCUCUGUGCUGAACAGGUAGUGGCUGAAGGAUACUGUCAGCACAACAGAUGCCUAAGAGAUGACAGAACAAGCUGUGGAUAUCAGAAUCAGCAAGGCUGUUCCCCCCCGCCCUCCAAGACCAGAGUCCACUUUAAGCCGAUAGAAGAAAAAGCAUCGAGUCAAAUUUAGUUUGCUAUUGUGAUGCAGAAUCAAAUGCUUCUUCAAAGGACAUCUAGCCCAACCUGCUGGAAAACCGCUCUUUUGGUAGCCUCCUUAAUUUUUUCCCUUUAAAACAGAGAUAGAAGCUCUUCGAAAUAAAGCAGAACUCGUGUCACCUGCUUCCCUGCUUCCUGAGUUUACAUUGCUGAGAAUCCCAUUAUGAACUGGGUCCCUGGUAGGUUUGAAAAAAUGCAGUGUGGAUGGGGGGGGAGGGGAGGAGAGAUGCUACCCACCCACAGAAAUAACUUCUGCUUGAAGUGCUUUUGUGCGCAAGUUUGCCUAACGCAUCUCCUGAGGAGCCUGAGAUGUUCUCAGUGCCUUUGAGGCUCCGGUUAAGUACCAAUUGCCAUGUUCCUGAAACACACUUAGCAGAUAGAAGUGUUUGUUUCCUUCCAUCGCUGGCGGAUUUUAUUAUCCUUCUGGCGUAUAAUCGCAUCCCAUUUGGGCUGUUUUCAUCUUUCUCUUAGACACAGCCCCAAAAGAGAGAGGAAACCUAUAAAGGAGGACAAAGAAAGGGGCUGCAAAAGAACAAGGGAGCCGCCAGGGAUAUGCCUUCAGCCUCGGGGCAACAAGGAUCAAUGGGAACCUAGGAGAGAUCAAGCCAGGUUCCCCCAACCUGGUGCCUUCCAGGUGCAUUGGACUACAACUCCCAUCAGCCCAUGCCAGUGCAGGUUCACCUUGUUUUGCAAGCCUGGCUAGUGCUGAAUGAGAAUCCUCCAGCACCCGCCUGAAACUGUCAUGGUCAUGGGGUGUCUGUGUGCGCAAAAAGAUGACCCCUUCGCCGAGGGUGUCUCUGGCGAAAAAAUCCUAAAUGAGCCGCAGUCUAGAAGAGACUUUGCUCGGUGUUUAUUUUUAACCAGCUGCAAAAUUCUGCACUGCACCGCUGUCUGCACCCUGAAUAGCUCAGUUGCCAGUUUACUGCCGUGAAUUGGUGAAUUUAUGGCGCUGAUGUCACACGCUUCGUUAAAGAUGCACACAUGAUGGUUCUCCCGUAAGGAGCUGACAAAGUGGGUGCUGUGAUUUCCCAGUGGUUUGGCUUCACCCUCGGAGGUGAACUCCAUUGUCUCUUGAGACAGAUGGUUGCCAAGAACAUCACCAGCCAUCAUCAUCACCAGCUCCUUCCCCUCCCUCCACGGGCCAAGUUUGACCAGCGCAUGAGGCCACCAUGCUGUCAAUCGGCUGAUGUCAUGGUGAUAUCAAUCGGUCAGUUUUUAUCCAUGCACUUUGACGUUAAGCAACAUUGGCGUGGUGGUGCUUGGGAGUUCUGGCAACCAGCUGAAGACUCAGGGAGGGGGUGAAACAGGGCAAGGAAAGUGGGUGGCUUAGGAGGGAGUCCUGAGAGCCUUCAAGGGCCCCUGAGGCUGAGGUUCCUCACUCCAGUUUUCUUUUUGCCCUGAUCCCUUUAAGACAUGGAUGAAUGAACAGAUAGAUCAGAUUCAAAACACCCUCGUGUUGCCCUAGUAAAGGUAAAGGGACCCUGACCAUUAGGUCCAGUCGCGGAUGACUCUGGGGUUGCGGCGCUCAUCUUGCUUUAUUGGCGGAGUACAGCUUCCGGGUCAUGUGGCCAGCAUGACUAAGCCACUUCUGGCGAACCAGAGCAGCGCACGGAAAUGCCGUUUACCUUCUCACCGGUGUGGUACUUAUUUAUCUACUUGCACUUUGACGUGCUUUCAAACUGCUAGGUUGGCAGGAGCCGGGACCGGGCAAUGGGAGCUCACCCCGUCUUGGGGAUUCGAACCACCGACCUUCUGAUCAGCAAGCCCUAGGUUCUGUGGUUUAACCCACAGUGCCACCUGCUUCCCUAAGCCCUAGUAGGGUGGACUAUAAAUAAGUUUGACAGACAUCCGUAGGAGAGGCUCUUAGCAUCCAAGGCAAGAACUAGGCAAGAUACUAUUUCCCCAGGGAGCUGCCAUCACGCUGCCAUUCUGGCAUCUGCCAAGGCUGACACCUUUCUGAGCAAAAUGCAAAAAAAAAAAAAAAAUUAAGAAGAAAGCAUACCAGGCCCUGGGCUAUAAUUUCUUCUGAGAGCACCGAGUAAUGGAAGGGGAUGGCUGAGGAGGAGCCAGCGCACCUGUAGUUGACAACGCCAUCGCUGCUGCUUUGAUGAGAAGAUUGGCUGUCUGUGGCAAGCGCUCCGAUAUGAAAGGCCUCAGUAAGGAAAGAGCUUCUGUGCAACGGACCCAUGAAAAUCAGGUCCUGCCUUGCCCUUCUCUCUGCGGGAGGUUAAAUCUUCCCAGUUUCCCCAAUCCGUGCCACCAUCUCAGGUGCUCAGCAACUUUUCGAAUGAGUCACACUAAGCUGGUGUGUGGGAAGGGAGGGGACAGAAAGCAAAUCUUCUUUGGCGAUCCCUCGUAGUUGAGUAAGGUUGUCUUCCAUAAACACGGUUUUAAAAGUGAGUCCGUAAGUGACUGUGGAGGCCAAUUCUGGAUCCACACUUCCUUCCAUAGUGGGGACAUUGGUUUCCGGGCAGGAGUUGAUCGCGGUGUGGAUUUGCCAAGCGUGCCUUCCUCUUAGCACAUUUCUCCCUUUCAUCCUGAAUUUGAGCAUCUUCAAAGCCCAUGACACCUUUGGUAAAGGCUGUUCUCCAACUAGAGUGCUCACAGGCCAGUGUUUCCCAGUUGUCGGUGUUUAUACUACGGUACAUUUUUUUAGCUUUGCCUUGAGACAGUCUUUAAACCUCUUUUGUUGACCACCAGCAUUACGCUUUCCAUUUUUAAGUUCGGAAUAGAGUGGUUGCCUUGGAAUACGAUCGUCAGGCAUCCACCAACAUGACCAGUCCAACAAAGCUGAUGUUGGAGAAUCAUUGCUUCAACACUGACGAUCUUUGCUCCUUCCAGGACACAGGUAUUAGUUCACCUGUCUUCCAAAGUGACAUGUAAAAAAUUUCGGAGACACCGUUGAUGGAAUAUUUCGAGGAGUUGGAGAUGGUGUUUAUAAGUGGUCCUCUCUGUGGGAGGUUAAAUCUUCCCAGUUUCCCCAAUCCGUGCCACCAUCGCAGGUGCUCAGCAAUUUUUUUGAAUGAGUCACACUAAGCUGGUGUGUGGGAAGGGGGGGGGGAGAGAAAGGGAGGGCCCCCUUCUCUGGACACAGGCUGUUCCAUCUUUUCUCUGUGCAUGGAUGGAAAAUUAGAUCUCCGCAGGAUCCUUUGUGUGCGUGUGUCAAGAAGCAAUUAUGUUAAGUACUUUGAAUAAAGCGAGGAUUGUCUGACAAACACUUGCUAUUUUUCCAAUCAUGCGCCUGCCGGUGACUACAAAAUGUGCCAGAACAGUGUUCUUUAUGGGAUGGAGUGUGCUCGCCUGGCAAUACGAAAAUAAGAGUUGGCUUUCGCGGUGGGAGAAGUGAUGUUGAUUAUUAUUUUAUUAUGAUGAUGGCUAUUUAUACAGAAGGCAUCAAGCCUGCACAGCCACCUAGCAGAGCUUUUCUGCAGGCAGGAGCUGACAGGUGUUUGGCGAAACGUAGUUUGCGAGUGCAUUGCAAAACAUUUGCUCACUUUAAAAUAAGGGAUAGGGGAUUGGUUCAGUUUGGUUCUUAGCUAGAUCAUACUUCUUCAUGCAUUGCACAAAAUGAGCUUACAGAUGAGCUGAGAGUUAAGAAGGGAAUGUACAGUAUGAGAAAUGGAAGAAAGGAGGAAUCACAAAGGAGGAGUAUAAACGAGGAGCCAACAGUUGCAGGGGAGAUGUCAGGCUGGCUAAAGCUCAGAAUGAGCUCAGGCUUGCAAGAGGGGUUAAAAAAGGUUUCUUCAGCUAUGUCCAAAGUAAGAGGAAUGUUAUGUACUGAGUUGAAUAGGAUCCAAAAUGCAGCAGUCUGAUUGGUCCUAGAACAAAAGGAUCCAGAAUGCAGCAACCUGAUUGGUCCUAGAACAAUCGGAUCCAGAAUGCAGCAGUCUGAUUGGUCCGCAGGAGCCACCCAAUCCAGCUCCAGGUGGAAGUGAAUCCGCAACCUACAGGAGAAUCCCGGAAUUAGCCAAUCACGUGGGGCCCAUUGUGUAAAUAAUGUAUAUAAAGCAGACAUUGUGGGGGAACUUCCAUUCCUUCCUCGCUACUAUGAGCUGAAUAAAGAACAUGAAAUCCACACUCGACUCCGAGUUUAUUUCAAGGAAGAUCAAGCAAGUGGUUGGUCCUCUGCGUCGGGAAGACGGAUAAAUGCUAUUGGAUGACAGAGAAAAGGCAGAACUACUCAACACCUACUUUGCCUCUGUCUUCAAAGGAAAGUAAUGCCCAACCUGGUGAUAACAAAAUAUAAUAAUGAUGGCGAUGCUACUAUUUAUACCCCACUCAUCUGACUGGGUUGCCCCAGCCACUCUGGGUGUCUUCCAACAUCUAUAAAAGCAUAAUAAAGCAUUAAGCAUUAAAUAACUUCCCUAUACAGGGCUGCCUUCAGAUGGCUCAGGGGUCGGAUAUCUCCAUACCCGCCAACAUUCCUCCAGUGAAAAUAGGGACGUCCCAUGGACUGCAAGAAGAUCAAACCUCUCCAUUCUUAAGGGAAUCAGCCCUGAGUGCUCACUGGAAGGACAGAUCCUGAAGCUGAGGCUCCAAGACUUUGGCCACCUCAUGAGAAGAGAAGACUCCCUGGAAAAGACCCUGAUGUUGGGAAAGAUGGAGGGCGCAAGGAGAAGGGGACGACAGAGGACGAGAUGGUGGGACGGUGUUCUCGAAGCGACCAGCAUGAGUUUGACCAAACUGCGGGAGGCAGUGGAAGACAGGAGGGGCUGGCGUGCUCUGGUCCAGGGGGUCACGAAGAGUCAGACACGACUAAACGACAACAACAACAACAAGGAAAAGCGGGACAUGCUGGGAUCAAAUCAGAAACUGGGACAGCCUCUGUAAAUCCGGAAACGUCCUUGGAAAAUAGGGACAUUUGGAGGGUCUGUAAGAGAUGCUUUGACUGAGAAUCCUGCAUUGCAGGGGGUUGGACUAGAUGACCCCGGGUGUCCCUUUGCACUCUAGAAUCCUACUUGAAAGCUGACUGGAGGAGGCCUCCAGUAGUCCACCAAACCGUCUACAGUGGUGACCGAGGAUCCCUUCCCAGCCUCCCACUUUGUCCCCUCCAUUUCCCCCUUCCUUUACACCCUGCUGUCCCCACCUCCAAGUGGAAGCCAGCUCAGCUUAGUGUGACGGGCAGGACGCAGAGGUUAAAGGUCACGAAGACCCCAGGAGAGGGAAAGGAGGGGUGGCGCCGGGUGGCGGGGGCAGCAGCCCACUGCUGCAAAUGUGGCUUGACAGGACCGAGCACCGACACAAGCACACACAGACUCCUUGCCAACUCGGGUGUUGCAGGUCAGGUGCCAAGCGGUCCGCUGCCCGCCUGCCUUCUCCGGACCCCGUCCCCCCAGGUAGCGGCUGACCGCUGGCCUUGUUUCACCAGGCCUGCGACUCGAGAAGAGAAAAGUUUCCUAAUCAGCCGAGACAAGAAGCACAUUCGCCCCCAGCAGUGACAUUUUUAGCAGGGACACUUGAAAAAUAAAUAGAAGCAAACGUGUUCUCUCGUUCCUCCCGCCAACAAGGUCUUUGCCUCUUGGACACUGCUGUUUCUUUGCUUAAUCUCCUCUUUUCUUCGCCCCCUCUCUGCCGCCCUUUUCUGACCCCCUUCCCUCCUUUUUCCGGCAAAUCACAAUAGCCUUUGAAUGCACAGCUUUGCACCUUGUGAAACACAUCACGGCCAGAGAAGCCACACAGAGAAUGGGUUGCACCCAUAAUCAGAGUAAAUCGCAUUCAGAAUAGGCUCGUUGGAAAUAUUGGAGCUAAGGUUGCCAUUUUGAGCAGAGGAUGCUUGUUACUAUUAUUCAUUAAUUUAUUUUUCCUCUUCUAAACCACCGUCUCAAAGCAACUGUCCUGUUUUUUUAAGGGACAUUUUUUUAACAGUGCUGUGAUGUUUUUAUUAUCCGUCUCUUAAGAAAUUCAUUUCCUUAUGUCAUUUUAAUUUUAUUAGCAUUUAAAAGCAUUCUGGUUGGUUUUUUGAAAAAAAAUAUUUAUUCUCUUUUCUGUUACACAUUCUCCACUGAUACAUAGACUGCAUACAGAAUGCAUAAACUAAAACAAUCAAAACUAAACAAAUAAAUAAUCUUGUGACAUUUGAUAGUUUUCUAACAACUGUCUUUUAUAUCAGCUUUUGGCUUUUUGCAUUUUAUCUGGGUUGUUUUUGGUUUGUGAAGACCACCUUGAGUUCUGCUCCAGGGAAAAUGCAGGAUAAUAAUAAUAAUAAUAAUAAUAAUAAUAAUAAUAAUAAUAAUACAUAAGAUAACAGAAAACAAGAAAUGCAUUUAAAACACACCAAAAACCCUAACAAGUUGACACUUGUGCUAAAGACUCAUCCAUCCAUCCAUUUAAUUAUUGUUCAUUUCAUUUGCGUGGACAGGCAGAGACCCCCCAACCCCAGGCCGGCUCUCACAUGGAAUAAAGACACAUAACAAUGUGUUUGUUGUUGUUCUUGUUUAGUCAUUCAGUCGUGUUCGACUCUUUGUGACCCCCUGGACCAGAGCACGCCAGGCCCUCCUGUCUUCCACUGCCUCCCGCAGUUUGGUCAGACUCAUGUUUGUAGCUUUGUAGAACACUGUCCCACCAUCUCGCGUCCCCUUCUCCUUGUGCCCUCCAUCUUUCCCAACAUCAGGAUCUUUUCCAGGGAGUCUUCUCUUCUCAUGAGGUGGCCAAAGUCUUGGAGCCUCAGCUUCACGAUCUGUCCUUCCAGUGAGCACUCAGGGCUGAUUUCCUUCAGAAUGGAGAGGUUUGAUCUUCUUGCAGUCCAUGGGACUCUCAAGAGUCUCCUCCAGCACCAUAAUUCAAAAGCAUCCAUUCUUCGGCGAUCAGCCUUUUUUAUGGACCAGUUCUCACUUCCAUACAUCCUAUUGUCUUUGUCCACGGAAUUUUCUUGGCAGGGAUACUGGAGUGGCUUGCCGGUUCCUGCUCCAGGUGGAUCACGUUUGGUCAAAACUCUCCACUAUGACCUGUCCAUCUUGGGUGGCCCUGCACGGCAUAGCUCAUAGCUUCUCUGAGUUAUUCAAGCCCCUUCGCCACGGCAAGGCAGUGAUUGCGUUAUGGGAUUAAAAUUGGCCACAACUUUAUUAGGUGUUUAUCCCUCCUUGGGCGUUUAUCCCUCCCAGUCCCCGGCCAGCGAGCUGGGGAACAUCAGGGAUAUCUAGAUUGAGUGGGGAUUGGGCUGGCUCUGGAGAACAUCUGUUCAAGCAGAGAGCCCCCCCCCAUUCGCCGCAACAUGGGGGAGACCGAUCACAGCCUCUCGACUUAUGGCCAAUGACUCCCCUCAGAGCAACCCCUUUAACGGGGAACCCUGGGAUUGCCGCCAUGGGGGGGCGUGGGUCCCUGCUUCACGCCCCCCCCCAUUUUAGGGAAGAAAGACUAAAGGAUUCCACCCAGUUCUGCUGUCUGCCUGCUGCCUCCCCCCCCCCAGCUGUAAGGUGGCUGAGGCCCCACAGCACGCGGCAGUGCCCAUAGGGACCGUGGCACCCAGCACGGGGGCCUCAGCUGUCCUGCAGCUGGGGGGGAGGCAGCAGGCGGACAGCAGAACUGCACGGUAUCACCCUGCCCCCGGGCACGCCGCACCAGGCACCCAGAAACCUUCCUCCGCCGCUGGCAGGCGGAAUUUUCAGAAGUCAGUUAUAUGGCAGCUCAUUUGGGAAGUGCUGAUUAUUCUUAUUAUUUUGCGAUUUUCCAUAAAAAGAUAUUUUGCAACAGAUCUGGCUUUUCCAUUUGUUGUUUGGACCCAGCACAGAGCAUGCAGGUCUCUGUGUCUCCAGCUUCCAGCUCAGCUCACAACCCUGACUCUGGCUAUUGUCCUACCUAGCAGACAGGUGAGGGGGUGGAGGAAGAACCUGCCAAUUGCCCGAGGGCCUCAUCGCUUGCAACCUGGCUCUUGCAACCUGACACAUUCUUUGGAGAAGCUUAUGAGGACAUCCAAGUGGCCAGCUGAGGGCCUUGUCUUAUAAAGAAACCAGUUCAGCAAUAGAAUCUGACCUUCACUGGGUACAGGACCCCCACCCCCAUGAAUUGGAAGGGAUGCAGGGCAUCAUCUAGACUGACCCCCUCUCCCCAAACCCACAGCAUCACAUCAGGAGCAGGUGAGCCUUCAAGGCUGUGGAGAAUGAAAUAUACUCAGAGUCGCAAAGUGAUUUCAUGCUCUUUAUUCAGCUCAUAGUGGUGAGGAGGAAUGAAUGUCCCCUCAAAGUAUCUGCUUUAUAUACAUUAUUUACACAAUGGGCUGCACAUGAUUGGUUAAUUCUGGAAUUCUACUGUAAGCCAAUCAGGUUGUGGAUUCACUUAUAUCUGGAGCAUGAUUGGGUGGUUCCUGCCAACCAAUCAUACUGCUGCAUUGUUCUUGGACCAAUCAGACUGCUGCAUUCUGAAUCCUAUUGUUCUAGGACCAAUCAGACUGCUGCAAUUUGGAUCCUAUUGUUCUAGGACUGCUGCAGUUUGGAUCCUAUUCAACUCAGUACAUAACACCCCUCCCCUCUAAGUUCCAGUCCUGCCCGGGAGGUCGCAUUCAUAGUCCUCGAGGUACGCCGGCGGCCUACGUGUGCGUUGCGGCCUGUGGUGUUCAGGUUCUGGCUCGUGUUCCAAGGAUGCUGGCUGUGAUGGGCCUGUUUGGUCUGGCGCAACCGGCUCGCUCAGUCGUGGUUCUGGUUCCGGUGUCCUUUCGGCCUCGCGGGUCCUCUCUGUAUUUACUGAUUCUGCCUCUCCUGCUGGCCCCUCCUGCUCUAUGGGCCUCACUGCCCCUCUGUUCCCUUGGGACUCCUCAGACCUUUCCUCCUCCUGGUUUUCUCCUGGGAAUCGUCGCCGUAUCUGGUCGCAGUGGCGGCGCCAGCAUUGCCCCCCAUCCGUUAGCACCUCGUACGACACGGGGCCAGUGACCCUGGUGACUGUGGCGGGUACCCAUGCUGGGCCUGCCCCAAAAUUCUUUGCAUACACUGGGUCCUGGGCCUCGAAGGUCCGGGGGUUCCUGCCUUCCCCCACCACUACCUCAUCCUGAGCUCUAUCGGGGUGAAGGCGGUCCAAUCUGAUUGCAAGGCGCCGACCCAUUAGUAGUUCAGCGGGGCUCCGGCCAGUCGUUGAGCUGGGGGUGCUGUGCUGUGCUAGGAGGAAUGUGGCAAGGCGGUACUCCCAAUCCCCUUGCGUCAUGCGGCGAAGGGUGUCCUUGGUGGUCCGCACCAUGCGUUCUGCUUGGCCAUUGGUGGCAGGGUGGAAUGGCGCCGAACGGAUGUGGCGGAUGGCGUUCUGCGCUGUGAAGGUUUGGAAUUCUCCUGACGUAAAUGCAGUCCCGUUGUCUGAGACGAGAGUGUCAGGGAGCCCGUGGGUUGCAAACAGCCUGCGUAGUACCCGGAUGGCUGCGGAUGUAGAAGUGGACGGUACCAGUGCGACUUCCAGCCAUUUGGUGUAGGAGUCCACCACUAUGAAGAAUGUUUUCCCCUGAAAGGGGCCAGCGAAGUCCACAUGCAGGCGUGACCAUGGUGCUCGGGCGGACUCCCAGGACUGGACUGGGGCCCUUGGGGGAUCUGGGCGGGAUUCUUGGCAGGCCUGGCAGUGUUUGACCCAGGCCUCUAUCUCUCCGUCGAUCCCUGGCCACCACACAUAACUCCUGGCAAGGGCCUUCAUUCUUACUACCCCUGGGUGUGUCUCGUGUAGGGCUGUGAGGACCCUUUUGCGGAGGGGCUGGGGAACAACGACCCUGCUUCCCCAUAACAGGCACCCCUUGUGGGCCGACAGUUCAUGUUUGCGGGUUGUGUAGCCAGCGAAUUCUGGCCCAGGGCUGCUGCUGGGCCAUCCCCUCCAUACCCAGUCCAGGACCCGGGAGAUGACCCUAUCUUUCUUGGAAUGGUGUGCAACUUCUUGUGCCUGAAUGGGGCGGUCGGGAAGCAGCUCCAGGCUCAUAACCUCUUGUGCAGGUGCUGGGUCGGGGCCUGUUUCCGGUAGUGGUAGCCUGCUGAGGGCGUCUGCAUGGCCCAUUGCCUUCCAGGUCAGUGAAUCAGUGCAUACUGGUAGCUGGCAAGGAAAAUUGACCACCUGAGGACGCGAGGAGACAGCACUUGGGGGGUCUGCUUUUCAGGGGCAAACAAGCCAAGCAACGGCUUGUGGUCAGUCACCACAGUGAAGGGCUGCCUGUACAAGAAAUCAUGGAAUUUUUUUACUCCCUUCACGAUUGCCAGACCCUCCUUGUCUAUUUGCGAGUAGUUCCGCUCGGUUGCGUUGAGUGUCUGGGAAAAGUAUGCCACCGGUACCUCUCUUCCAUCCGGGAGUUGGUGUCCCAGGACAGCGCCAAUGCCAUAGGGCGAGGCGUCGCAUGCUAGCACCACCGGCAGCCUCUCGUCGAAGUGUGCCAAGACCGAGUUUGAGACAAGCAAGUCCUUGACUGCCUGGAAUGCAGCCUCCUGGCGCUGGCCCCACACCCAAGGGGCCCGCUUGUCCAGGAGUCUGUGUAGGGGCUCUGCUACCGCCGCCUUGUGAGGAAGGAAGGAAUGGUAAAAGUUCAAUAGUCCCAAGAAGGCCUGAAGUUCAGUCUUGCUCUUGGGCGCUGGGGCAUCACAAAUGGCCCGUACCUUGUCCCCAGUCGGGUGGACCCCUUCUGCGUCCACCAUAAAUCCCAGAAAGUCCACCUGAGGCACUCCUAGUAGACAUUUUUCCCGCUUCACCUUGAGACCCGCCGUCUGGAAACGGUGCAGAACGGUGCGGAGGCGGUCCUCAAACUCCUCUGGUGUGGGCCCGGCAAUCAACACAUCAUCGAAGAAGGGGGUGACGCCAGGAAUCCCUUUAAGGAGAGAGUCCAUUAGAUUCUGGAAUAUGCCUGGUGCCACGCUGACACCGAAUUGCAGCCGCUUUACCCUGAACGCUCCUCUGUGCGUCACAAUCGUCUGUGCCUCUGCUGUGGCCUCAUCUACUGGCAGCUGUUGAUAUGCUUGGGCCAAGUCCAGCUUGCCAAAAUUUUCGACCCAGCCAGGGUGGCAAGGACAUGGCUGACCACUGGCACUGGGUAUGCGUGGGCCGUGAGGGCCUUGUUUAUGGUACAUUUGUAGUCUGCGCAGAUGCGGACCGAACCAUUAGGCUUGACGGGUGUGACGAUUGGGGUUUCCCAGGGGCAUUAGGCACCGGCUCCAGCACUCCUUGCUCCACGAGUCGGUCCAAUUCCUCGUCUAUACGGGGUUUCAAGGCGAACGGGACCCGGCGGGCCUUGAGCCUGACCGGUCGUACUGCGGGGUCAAGCUGUAGCGCAAUGGGGGCCCGUAUACUGUCCCAAUUUCCCAUCGAAAACCCCUGGAAAUUCCUUGCAUAUGGCGUCCACGUCCACUUGUAAGCUAGUGUGGUUCACCCCGGUGACAGCUAGCCCCAGUGGUCCAAACCAUGCCAAUCCCAGUAAGCUAAUGUAGGGGCCCUUGACCACAAGCAAGUCCAGUUGCCGCGUCCGCCCUCGGUAUUGCACCCUGAAGGUCCCCACCCCCAUUGUGGGGACCUUACGUUUCUGGAAGUCCCGUAGGGUGAAUGGGGCCGGCCUGAGUUUGGGACCCCCAGUAGGACACAGUUUCCUUAAGGUCCUUGCCGAGAUUAUGGAUAGAGUUGAACCCGUGUCAAGCUCCAUGCGGCAUGGGGCCCCCUCUAUCUGUACCUCUACAUAAAUUUUCUCUACGUUGGGGUGGGGCAACUGGUAUACCUGGCAGUCCGUGAGCUCCGUCGAGUUGCCUUGAUGCGUUGGGCCCCGGGACCUGGGGCUCUUGGAUUGGUCAUCUGAUGCCUGGUGUCGGGUGGGCCGAGCCCGACACACCCGGGCGAUGUGUCCCGAUUUUCUGCACUGCCUGCACUCUGCGUUGCGGAAACGGCAGGUCCUCCUCUCGUGACUCUCCCCGCAGCUUGCGCAGUUCCCUCCUUCUCGUCGAGGCAGCUGUGGUCUGUGCGCUGCUUGAGUGCGCUGCUGUACUCGGUGCACCUCCUCCCUGUCGGAUCCUGAGUCGUCUGUGAGGUCUUCGUGGUGGACCCUCGGUUGGGAUGGCAGGCUCGGCCGUGCCUCUUGCGUCGACCUCUCGGCAGCUUCCGUUGCCAGGGCCUCCUCCAGAGCGACCUGGAACGUUAGGUCCUUCUUAGCGUAGAGGCGUCGUUGCAGCUUCUCAUCCUUCAGGCCACCGACGAGGCGGUCCCGAAGCAUGUUCUCUAGCUCUGAGAAGUUGCAGAACCGGGCGGCUUGGCGGAGAGAGGUCACAAACCCAGUUAUGGUUUCCCCAGGGGCUUGCCGCUUUGCGUAGAAGGCAUUUCGACGAGCCACCACUGAGGGCUGCGGCGAAAAGUGCCCCUUCAGCUGUUCCAUUAUUGUUUUGUAUGGAACAGUAGCGACGUCUUCAGGCGCAAGGAGAGCCCGGGCGAUUUCAAACGUCUCCUCUCCGCAGACGCUGAAGAAUAUCGCCCUCUUCUUGGCGUCUUCUUCGUCGGUGACCCCUUUGGCUUCUAGGAGGAAGGUGAAACGGGAGGCGUACGCUUCCCAGUCUCCAGAUGCUGGGUUGAAUGGCGAGAAGCUGCUGUUGGCUGCCAUUCUGAGUUCCUUGUGUCCCGGAGCUGAAGCCUGGAUACACGGUGCGAGGCAGCGGUGCGGCAGGUGGCGGUGCUGCGGUGCUGUGUGUGGCAGUCAGCUCAGCGGGAUCCCACCUUCGUCGCCAGUGAAAUAUACUCAGAGUCGCAAAGUGAUUUCAUGCUCUUUAUUCAGCUCAUAGUGGUGAGGAGGAAUGAAUGUCCCCUCAAAGUAUCUGCUUUAUAUACAUUAUUUACACAAUGGGCUGCACAUGAUUGGUUAAUUCUGGAAUUCUACUGUAAGCCAAUCAGGUUGUGGAUUCACUUAUAUCUGGAGCAUGAUUGGGUGGUUCCUGCCAACCAAUCAUACUGCUGCAUUGUUCUUGGACCAAUCAGACUGCUGCAUUCUGAAUCCUAUUGUUCUAGGACCAAUCAGACUGCUGCAAUUUGGAUCCUAUUGUUCUAGGACUGCUGCAGUUUGGAUCCUAUUCAACUCAGUACAUAACAGAGAAGCUAACCAGAGAGCUUACUGGCUGUGGGUGGAUUUGAACCUGAGGCUUGCCUGUCAAAGCCAGCAGUUCCCUCCCUCUCCCGGCAUAUUCCUCGCCGGCGCCUCUGUACCCAGCAGUUUCAACAAGGCAGCGAUCUUUUACUUCCCGCAAAGCCCAGGAGGUGAAAGGCGAAGCGCCGGUCCUUAAAAGUCUCCCUGCUCAAGAGCCCUUCCACAAAUCCUUUGGCAUUCAAGGAGGCCGAUGACAAGAUGGCAGUGACUCAGGCUCUUUUGAAAGGCGGGCGAUAAAUGGAGGCGGUGAUAGGAAUGAGAUCCGGCAGACAGGUGGAUUGCCCCAUCAGGCAUCGAGAGAGUGACACGACAUCUCUGGGCCAAGACGAUAAUCGCCAACAUGGGAUGGGUGUCUGGUUUCAAUGCCUGCCACACCUUUUAAACCAAGUAGGGGAAAGGUGCCAGACCUAGCAUGCGAAAUAUUCAUUCGUUUGCUUUAUUUAUACCCCACCUUUCCUCAAGCGCAAGGUGGCGUACGUGGCUUAACUCAUCCCUUAUUUAUCUUCACAGCACCCCUGCAAAGUAGGCUAGGCUAAGAGAGUCACUCAAUCAGCUUCCGGGCUGAGUGAGGGAUUUGAUUCCUGGUCUUCCUAAGCUCAACAUCAAAAAAACGAAGAUCAUGGCCACUGGUCCCAUCACCUCCUGGCAAAUAGAAGGGGAAGAAAUGGAGGCAGUGAGAGAUUUUACUUUCUUGGGCUCCAUGAUCACUGCAGAUGGUGACAGCAGCCACGAAAUUAAAAGACUCCUGCUUCUUGGGAGAAAAGCAAUGACAAACCUAGACAGCAUCUUAAAAAGCAGAGACAUCACCUGGCCAACAAAGGUCCGUAUAGUUAAAGCUGUGGUUUUCCCAGUAGUGAUGUAUGGAAGUGAGAGCUGGACCAUAAAGAAGGCUGAUCUCUGAAGAAUUGAUGCUUUUGAAUUCUGGUGCUGGAGGAGACUCUUGAGAGUCCCAUGGACUGCAAGAAGAUCAAACCUCUCCAUUCUGAAGGAAAUCAGCCCUGAGUGCUCACUGGAAGGACAGAUCGUGAAGCUGAGGCUCCAAGACUUUGGCCACCUCAUGAGAAGAGAAAAGACCCUGGAAAAGACCCUGAUGUUGGGAAAGAUGGAGGGCACAAGGAGAAGGGGAUGACAGAGGAUGAGAUAGUUGGACAGUGUUCUUGAAGCUACCAGCAUGAGUUUGACCAAACUGCGGGAGGCAGUGGAAGACAGGAGUGCCUGGCCUACUCUUGUCCAGGAGGUCACGAAGAGUCGGACACGACUAAACGACUAAACAACAACAACUUCCAGGUCCUAGUCCUCAAUUAAUCCCCACAACAGCCCUAGGAGGUAAAAUAGGCUGAGAGGCAAUGACGGGCCUCACCCAGUGAGAUUAGGGGCCGAGCAAGGAUUUGAACCCAGGCCUCCCAGAGCCGGUCCAGGCAUUAGGCAGGGUGAGGUUGCUGCCUCAGGUGGGGUAAGCCCCCAGGGUGACACCCUCACAGGCGCCCCACCUGCCCUGAAACUGCCGCCAUCACCGCCGAUUUCAGGUGAGAUCAUUUUGGGCAAGAUCUCGCCUGAGAACCUGUGGAGUGUGCAAGAUCUCAGGGGAUUUGGGGUGAGACUGGCAUGAUCUUGCCUGAAAUUGCUGCCAACGGUGGUGCUGCUUCUCUGAUGCAGAAAUGGGAGGGCUACGCUAUGUCAGCAACAAGAAUCCUGGUGGCUAAGUAUUGGAAAGGGAAUCAGUUACCCACUAGGGGAGAGUGGCUAUGUAAGCCCUCAGAAUACUUAGAAUUAGGCAAAUUGACAGACAUAAUAAGACAAAAACCAAAAAGUGAAGUAAAAUAAAAUAAAAUGGGAGUGCCUAAAUGAAUACCUCAAAAGUCAAGGUUCGAGGACAGAAAUCUGGCUGAGUCUGGAAUAACCUUGUGAAGCAAAAGGAUAUGGAAGAGGGAUUUAUAUCUAGAUGUUAGGAUAGAGAUGACAAAGAAAACAGGAAAACAGGAAAACACAAUGAGAGAUAAAGGAGGUGCUGUGGGAUUGGUGGAAGUCAAUGUCUUGUUGUCGUUGUUUUAGUGUUUAUAAUAUUAACUUGUAAGAUAUGGAUUUGGGUUUUUUGUUUUUGUUUUGUUGUUGUUGCUUUCUUUGGUUUUUGAAUGUUGAUUUUUGUGUGUUGUAUGUUGUUAUUUUUCAAUAUCUUUCGUGUUGUUGUUAUGUGGAAAAUACUAAUAAAAUUUAUAUUAAAAAAAGGGAAAAAAGAAAUUGGAGGGCUGAACCUGGAAAAAUAGAGAAGAAGAAACCAAAACUCACAGACCUGUCAUGAGAACAUAAUAAGAGUCUUCUGGAUCUGGCCAAUGGCCCAUUGAGUCCAGCCAGCAUCCCUUUCUCCCAGUGGCCAACCAGAUGCCCAUUAUGGGAAACCUGCAAGCGGGAUUCGAACACAGAAGCGACUCUCUGCUCCUGUGGUUUCCAGAUCCAUUGCUUCCUCCAACUGUGGAGGGCCCAGCACUUCCAUCCUUGCUAGUAGCCAGACAGACAGACAUAAUUUUAUUUGCAAGCCACUGUUUCACAGUUCAAACCAUGCUCAAGGUGGCCCACACUAUGAAAAAAACCCAAGUGCAACAAAACAACAGGGGCCGUAAACAAUCAACAAAAUGUUGAAAAAUACAUAACUAAUUUGAACAAUUUCUGCAUGAUUCUAGAUUCAGGUAGGUAGCCGUGUUGGUCUGACGCAGUCAAAAUAAAUAAAAAAAUUGUCCAGUAGCACCUUAGAGACCAACUAGGUUUGUUCUGGGUAUAAGCUUUCGUGUGCAUGCGCACUUCUUCAGAUACCUGUACAGUGGUACCUCGGGUUAAGUACUUAAUUCGUUUUGGAGGUCCAUUCUUAACCUGAAACUGUUCUUAACCUGAAGCACCACUUUAGCAAAUGGGGCCUCCCGAUGCCACCACGCCACCGGAGCACGACUUCUGUUCUCAUCCUGAAGCACAGUUCUUAACCUGAAGCACUGUUUCUGGGUUAGCGGAGUAGGUAACCUGAAGUGAAUGUAACCCGAGCUACCACUGUAUCUGAAAGUAUCUGAAUCCGAACCUGUAUCUGAAAAUACCUGUAUCUGAAGUAUCUGAAGAUGUGUGCAUGCAGACGAAACCUUAUCCCCAGAACAAACUUAGUUGGUCUCUUAGGUGUUACUGGACAAUUUUUUAAUUUCUGCAUGAAUCACAACAGAAUCUAAAAUAAAGAUAUUUAUUUUUAAACCAACAGCAACAACCCUAUUGCAACAAACUACCCCCCCCCAACAACCGCCAUCCAAAACAACAGCCUAGCCCAGGCAUCUGUUCAAGCAUCAGUCUCAGCUUUUGUAGCUGGAGUCAGUCCGGACCCCACCCUCCCAGGCCAGGUGGGAAAGACCUGCAAGGCAGGGAUCAGGUCUUCCAGGACUCCCAGCUGAGAAGGUCUGCCAUCGAUCACCCACCCCUAAGGUCAGACUCUGCCUCAGCUUUGCUGUUUUGCAAGUCCGUUGUGUGUCCUCGUUGCAGCAUUCCUUUUCACCACCCUCUAGCUAAUCUGCUCUACAGAUCUUCCUCCAUCAGGAACACCUUCUCUGCGUUCCUGAGCCUGCCAGAUACUUUUCACCUUUGUUUGGGAGGGGAUGGAAUGUACGCAGCUUACCUGAGAAAGCAGGGAUAGAAUGGCCUCUAAUGAUACGUUGAGGCAGCACAUGAUUAUUCCUUUUAACGUAAUGAUUGUUUGUGCUGACGGGACCAGGAGAAGAUCUCCUGGGACAUGCCGUAUUCAGAGCAAAACCUUUUCUUCCUGGAGAUCAAAUCCACACUUAGGUAUUCUGUUGCGUGUCAACUCCACCUCUACCUCUCUUUCAAAUCAGAACCAGUAAAGGCGGUGAAGGUCCUGUGUGAGUGCCUGGAGGGGGUUGGAGGAUGGAUGGCGGCUAAUAGAUUGAGGUUGAAUCCUGACAAGACAGAAGUACUGUUUUUGGGGGACGGGGGCGAGCUGGUGUGGAGGACUCCCUGGUCCUGAAUGGGGUAACUGUGCCCCUGAAGGACCAGGUGCGCAGCCUGGGAGUCAUUCUGGACUCACAGCUGUCCAUGGAAGUGCAGGUCAAUUCUGUGUCCAGGGCAGCUGUCUACCAGCUCCAUCUGGUACACAGGCUGAGACCCUCCCUGCCCACAGACUAUCUCGCCAGAGUGGUGCAUGCUCUGGUUAUCUCCCACAUGGACUACUGCAGUGCGCUCUACGUGGGGCUACCUUUGAAGGUGACCCAGAAACUGCAAUUAAUCCAGAAUGCGGCAGCUAGACUGGUGACUGGGAGCGGCCACCGAGACCACAUAACACCGGUCUUGAAAGAUCUACAUUGGCUCCUAGUACGUUUCUGAGCAAAAUUCAAAGUGUUGGUGCUGACCUUUAAAGCCCUAAAUGGUCUCGGUCCAGUAUACCUGAAGGAGCGUCUCCACCCCCAUCAUUCAGCCCAGACACUGAGGUCCAGCACCGAGGGUCUUCUGGCGGUUCCCUCACUGCAAGAAGCCAAGUUACAGGGAACCAGGCAGAGGGCCUUCUUGGUGGUGGCACCCACCCUGUGGAACACCCUCCCACCAGAUGUCAAAGAGAAGAACAACUUCCAGACUUUUAGAAGACAUCUGAAGGCAGUCCUGUUUAGGGAAACUUUUAAUGUUUAAUAGACUAUUGUAUUUUAAUAUUCUGUUGGAAGCCGCCCAGAGUGGCUGGGGAAACCCAGCCAGAUGUGUGGGGUAUAAAUAAUAAAUUAUUAUUAUUAUAAUUCCUCCCAGCACAAUUACAAAACUGAAGAGCGAAGACUGACAUAAAUUCUCUAGUUUUGGGGAAGUGGUGUGAACUCUCUCUUCCUCUCCAUUCUGGGGCAUCUGUUCUGUGGGGCAGAAGAUCAGACCGUGUGUAGAGAUCACCUCCAGCCCCUCUGCCUUUGAACACCUGCCUGUCUUCAGCCUUACUUAAAAGAGCAAACUCCCAGGCGUGUGUUUCAGCCGCUGCAGCAACAGAGCAGAGAGUCCCCGGGCGCUUGCUGAGGCUGCUCCAGUGUUUAUCACUCACUGCAGUUGCUUCCUCCCCAAGGGCAAAGGGGGGCAGGGAGCAGCAACAGGAACAGUUGGCAAGGCUUUGAGCUAGCUGGCAAGGAAGUGCACAUUGGGUCAUCUGCGGAGAUGCGCGGCGCAGGUAGUUCUCGAGAAAGGUGUCGCAAUGGUUGUUGAUCCAGGUGAAGCUGCGAAACAAAAGAGUCCGAUCCAGGAACGAAGAGCGAACAGAGAGGGUGUGUCUGGAAGUGCUGUCGUUUUAAGAUGCUGUCACUCAACAGGCCUGCGAAACCAACAAUGCCCGGGCCAUCUCCAUAGCUUUUAUUUUCACGCUGUGUGCUCUCUGCAAGUUUCAAAGGUAAAACAGUGCCGUGAUGUGCUUGCCAGGCAAAGGACAGCGGCUGUCAGGAAGAUCAUGACACACGGUGAUACACAGAGACACAGGGAUGGGUCACUUUGGGUUCCUCCUCUCGAUUUCUCAUUAUUAUUAUUAUUAUUAUUAUUAUUGCCGUCUUAAGCUCAGAUCUCCACCUUUCCACACCAGUUUCUGGAUUUUUAGGCAUCAGCUCCAGUCUCUUUCUGGCCCUAGGAACCAGGACAUAUUGGCUUCCACGGAUGGGAAACGGAGUCUAAAACAUCUUGAGGGCAUAAUAAUGAUGAUGAUAAUGAUAAUAAUUUAUUUAUUCCCCGCCCAUCUAGCUGGGUUUCCCCAGCCACUCUGGGCGGCUUCCAACAAAAUAUUAAAAUACAAUAACCCGUCAAACAUUAAAAGCAUCCCUAAACACCCAGGAGGGACUCUCAUAUGAGAAAGGUUGCAGCGUUUGGGACUUUUGGAGAAAAGGUGAGAGUUCACAGAGAACCCCAUCGUUAUGCCCGAACACUGAGGUCCAGCUCCGACGGCCUUCUGGUGGUUCCCUCACUGCAAGAAGCGAGGUUAUAGGGAACCAGGCAGAGGGCCUUCUCGGUGGUGGCGCCCACCCUGUGGAAUGCAUUCCCACCAGAUGUCAAGGAAAUAAACAACUAUCUGACUUUUAGAAGACACCUGAAGGCAGCCCUGUUUAGGGAAGCUUUUACUAUUUGAUGCAAGAAACCCUCACUGCAAGAAACCAAGUUACAGGGAACCAGACAGAGGGCCUUCUCGGUAGUGGUGCCCGCCCAGUGGAACACCCUCCCAUCAGAUGUCAAAGAGAACAACAACUACCAGACUUUUAGAAGACAUCUGAAGGCAGCCCUGUUUAGGGAAGCUUUCCAUGUUUAACAGACCACUGUAUUUUAAAACUCUGUUGGAAGCCACCCUGGGGAGACCCAGCCAGAUGUGCAGGGUAUAAAUUAUUAUUAUUAUUAUUAUUAUUAUUAUUAUUACCUUUUCUCUAAACUAAAAAGUCCUGAAUGCUGGAACCUUUCUUCAGAGGGCAGUCCCUUCAUCCCGCUGAACAUUUCAGUGGUCCUUUUCUGAACCUCCUCUCUGAAUUCUGACCCUAUAUCUGAAUGUGCCUAAUGACCAUCCCUUUCCAGACCCUAAAAGGAGCUCAGAGAAGCCAUCCCCUGCUUGGCCUAUAAAAUGGUCCGACGCUCCUGUUCCCAGCAGAAGCUCAGUGCAACUUUACACAGGCAGUGAAAACUGAGAUGUCCCCAUUUGCAAAGGGAUUUUGCUAUUUUUAUGUAACGAGCUGAGCCCAGUGAGGAAACCUUUUGUUUCCUGGACAAAAUGCCUGAAUUACAGAUGAGGAAAUUUCAGUGGAUAAUCUCUAAAGCAAACAAGCCAGGAUAAGGGAAAGCCAAUCCCUUUGCUGAGCUAGAGAGGUGUUUUCUCCCACCCAAACUUAACACCUCUCCCUGCAGUUUUAUAACCACAACGAUAAGCAAACAAACAAACAAACAAACAAGUUUGCACUCAAAAAUAUUUGGCUGGAGGAUUUGUAUGCCAAACCUUGACUGGGGUUUCCGGCCACUUAAGAAAGACUCCCUUUUGUACACCUGGAGCAUUUAAGGGCAAGCAGGAAAUGAAGAACUGAAGAUUCCUGCCUUGCAGGGGGUUGGAUUAGAUGACCCCAGGCUCCCUUCCAGCCCUGCAGUUCUAUGAUAUAAAAAGGUCUUCAAGAGCAGCCCCUCUGAGUGUCUUUGGUUUCUGAUUUGAUUCCAGAAUCUCACACUUUUCCUUAAAGGUAAAGGUAAAGGGACCCCUGACCAUUAGGUCCAGUCAUGGCCGACUCUGGGGUUGCAGCGCUCAUCUCGCUUUACUGGCCGAGGGAGCCGGCGUACAGCUUCCGGGUCAUGUGGCCAGCAUGACUAAGCCGCUCUGGUGAACCAGAGCAGUGCACGGAAAUGCCGUUUACCUUCCCGCCAGAGUGGUACCUAUUUAUCUACUUGCACUUUGACGUGCUUUCGACUGCUAGGUUGGCAGGAGCAGGGACCGAGCAACGGGAGCUCACCCCGUCACCGGGAUUUGAACUGCCGACCUUCUGAUCGGCAAGUCCGAGGCUCUGUGGUUUAACCCACAGUGCCCCCCACGUCCGCUUUUCCAUAGGAAGUCCCUAUUUUCAUCAGAGAAAUGUUGGAGGGUAUGGAGUUAUGCGACCCCUGAGCCAAGGAGAUAAGCAACUAUACAGCCUUUGGAAAACAGCUGAAAGCAGAUCUGGAAGUUAUUUAAUAUUCAAUGUUUUAUUAUUUUAUAUGUUUUGGAAGCCGCCCAGAGUGGCUGGGGUAAUCCCGUCAGAUGAGCAGGGUAUAAAUAGUAUUAUUAUUAUUAUUGAUGUCCCUAUUUUUAUGGGAGAAAUGUUGGAGGGCAUGCAAGAGAUGACUACACCUGGAGUUGGCUCUCCCUGUCACCUUCCUCCUCCUCCUUAGCCUCAGAGUUGCCCUUGUAAAACUCAACAAAGGAGAGAGGAACAGAGCCAAAAAUCGAGGAUUAGCUGACUCCUCCUCUCAUUGGCUGCGCCUAGCAGUGCCUCUGGCUCCCCCUGCUGUUUGCCUCCCUGCCUUUUCCCCUAUCAGCCCCCAAAGGCUCCAGCUGCCAAUGCUUUUGCGUAGCUGGAAAUGAUGUAUCCUACUGACACCGGUGGCUCUUUCCCCCUCCUGGGCCUGCGUACUUUUGUUCCUCCGGCCUAACGCACCAUUGGCACAUAGCCACUGGAAAGUUGUCCUGCAGGAUGGACUAUUGCCUUCCAAAGACUGGAACACACCCUCCACCCCUGGUUUACGACGAAGGAUCACCACAGGCGACCACUUCGAGUGCAGCCUGUGCAAGGCGAACUAGCUGGCUAUCAUCGCCUCUUAAGCGACGAGGAAGCCCCUGGCAAGGGGGCGGAUGGGUGAUAAUUUUCCAUAAACAAGGCUGAAACGGCCAACUCAUUUCCCGCUUGCUCUACAUUAUUUUGUCAGUACAUUUUGCUAAGAGCUCUGGGUUUAAACAGGGCCUGUCUGUUCCUUGGCUUCUCGCGGAGGUAAUUUUCUUCUCUUGACAGCUUGUCCAACGUUCUCCGGUGCCAAGAGAGAGAGGAAGACGGGCUCCUUUUCUGCCGACUUCACUGCUGCUCCAACAAGCUGCUGCCGUUGUUCAUCUCCCUGCCAUGCGAAGAGGCUGGCUGGGGCUUCCGAGAUUUUCCUUCCAGUUCCAGACCAGUUUCCCCUGCCUGAUAUAAUUCCUUGA